AUGCUUAAAUUCAAGACUUACUCAACGCCGCCCUGGUACGACAAGGAGCGAGCGUCGCGGGCACAGGCAGGGCUCUUCGAUUCGUUCGCGGUGUCUGUCAUAUGUGAGGUAGCACGCAUCCGUAUUUGCGCCACGACAACCAAUCACCUGCUGCUGCAAGGUUGCAUUUCUGACAAUCCCCCAAUGGACGCAUCUGCUCUCCCGCCGCUGCCGCUCCUACUCAUGCUCAUGAGCGGCGGCGUUUUGGGAUCUGAGUGCCUGGAAGAUCUUUUGCCCUCCAGAAAUAGCACGCGAGCGAGAACAAAGGGUAAGUAA